GAAUUUUCAAGCAAUUAAAAACUCCUGUUAAUGAUGAUGAUAUAUCUAAAAUUAGUAGUAGUAAAGAUGAUACAAAAACUGAAAUAUUAUUGUGGUAUCAUUAUGCUGAAGGGUUUGAAAAACAAGUAAAAAAAAUAUUAAAUAAUACUAGAAUAACUACAAACAAGUCAAAAUCAAAAGUCUAUAGAGAACUUUUGACCCGUCUUGUAGAUGUUGAUUUACAAACUUUACAAAAAAGAACACAGAGAGCAAAUACUGUAUAUAAUUUAUUUAAAAAAAUUGGAGUUGAUAAAAUUCGACGAAUUAAAAUAUAUGGUUUUUAUUCAAUUGCAGACCUUACUAUACCUCAAAUUAAAACAAUCGAAAAUUAUUUUUUGUUACAACAGUUAGAAAUUAGUAGAUUAUUUUGGAUACUGUGA